GCCAGGUGGCAGGAGAGGUGGCCAUGGGCGCGCGGGGCAAGACGUUGGUGCCACUGCUGGUGGUUGUGGCGACUGCGGCGAUGGCCUUACAGUCAACCUAUUUGCAGGUGGAUCCUGAGAAACCCGAACUGCAGGAACCCGACCUAUUGUCAGGGCCCUGCGGUCACAGGACCAUCCCUUCCCGUAUAGUGGGUGGCGAUGAUGCUGAGCUUGGCCGCUGGCCGUGGCAAGGGAGCCUGCGUGUAUGGGGCAACCACUUAUGUGGCGCAACCUUGCUCAACCGCCGCUGGGUGCUUACAGCUGCCCACUGCUUCCAAAAGGAUAACGAUCCUUUUGACUGGACAGUCCAGUUUGGUGAGCUGACAUCCAGGCCAUCUCUCUGGAACCUACAGGCCUAUUCCAACCGUUACCAAAUAGAAGAUAUUUUCCUGAGCCCCAAGUACUCGGAGCAGUAUCCCAAUGACAUAGCCCUGCUGAAGCUGUCAUCUCCAGUCACCUACAAUAACUUCAUCCAGCCCAUCUGCCUCCUGAACUCCACGUACAAGUUUGAGAACCGAACUGACUGCUGGGUGACCGGCUGGGGGGCUAUUGGAGAAGAUGAGAGUCUGCCAUCUCCCAACACUCUCCAGGAAGUGCAGGUAGCUAUUAUCAACAACAGCAUGUGUAACCAUAUGUACAAAAAGCCAGACUUCCGCACGAACAUCUGGGGAGACAUGGUUUGCGCUGGCACUCCUGAAGGUGGCAAGGAUGCCUGCUUUGGUGACUCGGGAGGACCCUUGGCCUGCGACCAGGAUACGGUGUGGUAUCAGGUUGGAGUUGUGAGCUGGGGAAUAGGCUGUGGUCGCCCCAAUCGCCCUGGAGUCUAUACCAACAUCAGUCAUCACUACAACUGGAUCCAGUCAACCAUGAUCCGCAAUGGGCUGCUCAGGCCUGACCCAGUCCCCCUGCUACUGUUUCUCACUCUGGCCUGGGCUUCCUCUUUGCUGAGGCCUGCCUGAGCCCACACGUGUACGUCACACCUGUGAGGUCAGGGUGUGUCUCUUUUGUAUCUUGCUUGCUAAUAAACCUGUUAAUAUU